AUUGAGGGAGCUUUUAUUGUAAGAUUUAAAUUUUAAAAAUGAAUAUUAGACACGACUUGUUGUUGGUCAUCUCCUCUUCUACACCGCCGUUAUCUCCGUCUGGGUCUCCAUUUUGCAAUUAGGGUUUAUAGUUGGUGCUUGAACUCUUCAACUCAGGGCUCGUUGGUUUUGUAGUUCUAACAAGUGAAAAGCGGUUAAGGGUUAGCUUUGGACGACGACACUACUCCGCCAUGGCACUCGUUGCGCAAACCCCUGACAUUGCCGGCGAGCGACACUCCGGCCAAGACGUUCGCACCCAAAACGUGGUGGCGUGCCAAGCAGUUGCUAACAUUGUCAAAACCUCAUUGGGCCCGGUGGGCCUUGACAAGAUGCUUGUGGAUGACAUUGGCGAUGUCACUAUCACGAACGACGGUGCAACCAUUCUCAAGAUGUUGGAAGUGGAGCAUCCUGCUGCUAAGGUUUUGGUUGAACUCGCCGAACUUCAAGAUAGGGAAGUUGGAGAUGGUACUACUUCUGUCGUAAUUGUAGCUGCUGAGCUUCUCAAAAGAGCGAAUGACCUUGUUAGGAAUAAGAUUCAUCCCACCUCAAUUAUUAGUGGAUAUAGACUUGCUAUGCGAGAAGCUUGUAAAUAUGUAGAAGAAAAGCUAGCAGUCAAGGUUGAGAAGCUGGGAAAGGAUUCACUAAUUAACUGUGCCAAGACCAGUAUGUCCUCAAAGUUGAUAGCUGGUGAUAGUGACUUCUUUGCCAAUUUGGUUGUUGAUGCAGUGCUAGCUGUAAAAAUGACAAAUGCUCGGGGUGAAGUCAAAUAUCCAAUCAAGGGAAUCAAUAUAUUGAAGGCUCAUGGAAAAAGUGCUAGAGACAGCUUUCUGAUGAAUGGUUAUGCUCUAAAUACUGGCCGUGCUGCACAAGGAAUGCCUCUUAGGGUUGCCCCUGCAAAAAUUGCGUGUCUUGAUUUUAAUCUUCAGAAGACAAAGAUGCAGUUGGGUGUUCAAGUAUUAGUUUCUGAUCCCAGGGAGCUAGAGAAAAUUCGUCAAAGAGAGGCGGAUAUGACUAAGGAACGCAUUGAAAAACUACUGAAAGCUGGAGCCAAUGUUGUUCUGACUACUAAAGGAAUUGAUGACAUGGCACUUAAGUACUUUGUUGAGGCUGGGGCAAUUGCUGUAAGACGUGUGCGGAAAGAGGAUAUGCGUCAUGUUGCCAAGGCUACUGGUGCAACAUUGGUCUCAACAUUUGCUGAUAUGGAAGGGGAAGAAACAUUUGAACCAUCUUUUCUUGGAUAUGCUGAUGAGGUUGUUGAGGAGCCUGUAGCUGAUGAUGCUGUAGUUAUGAUCAAAGGGACUAAAACUACAAGUGCAGUCUCUUUGAUUCUAAGAGGUGCAAAUGAUUAUAUGCUUGAUGAGAUGGAUAGAUCUCUGCAUGAUGCCUUAUCAAUUGUCAAGAGAACUCUUGAAUCAAAUACGGUGGUAGCGGGUGGAGGUGCUGUUGAAUCAGCAUUAUCAGUUUAUUUGGAGUACCUUGCUACAACUUUAGGAUCUCGGGAGCAAUUGGCUAUAGCAGAGUUUGCUGAGUCUCUGCUAAUCAUUCCCAAGGUGCUUUCUGUUAAUGCUGCUAAGGAUGCCACUGAGCUGGUUGCAAAAUUACGGGCCUACCACCAUUCAGCACAAACUAAAGUUGAUAAGAAACACUACUCAAGCAUGGGUUUGGACCUUUCACAAGGACAUGUCAGAAAUAACUUGGAUGCUGGAGUCAUUGAGCCUGCAAUGAGCAAAGUCAAAAUUAUCCAGUUUGCAACUGAAGCCGCCAUUACUAUCCUUCGAAUCGAUGACAUGAUCAAGCUUGUGAAGGAAGAAAGUCAAAAUGAAGAGGAUUAGAAUAUAAUUGGAUUUAGAAGACAUCUACUUCCCAGUCUUACAUGGCUUUUGCAGGCUGAGCCGGUGUGGAUUUGAAGGCCCUUGAUCUUCUUGAAGGGAGAAUGCUGCAGUAGCGUUUAUUUUAUUUAAAUAUUAACAUUUUAUAUUCCUAUAAAUUAGCAGCUAAUAUUUUUGGUCAUGCAUUGGCUGGUUGCAUGUUUGUACAUGUCUUUCUGAGGCAGUGUUUGGGUUGUGGAAUUUUGAUAUUUCGUUGGUGACUAGGGUUUUAAUUUAAGAACUAAAUACAUGUGCAAAUGGGAUUAUGAUGUCAUUUAUGGGUUCUAAUGGGUCAAUGUUUUGCAAUUUGCUCUCUUUGCAGUGAUAGUUAAUUCAAUGAAGGAGCGUGGUGAAUACUUUUUU